GGCCAUUCUGUCAGAGCUCGCGCAGACUAGACAGAGGGCGGACGUGCUUGCUCGUGCAGAGAGGAAACCAUCUGACCACCAAAACCAGCAAGACGUGUUGCCUCCUCGCCGCGUUGCGUCUUCUCUCCAACACGAACGAACCAACUCUGAAUUCGCAUUAAAUAUGUCUAAUAUCGUUUGCUGUCAAACGCCUCAGGUUAUAAUGUAUGACCAACACAGAAUACGUACAACUCUAUAGCCAACGGGAUCCCGAGGACUUGAUUACAGUCGCUUCAAGCCUGAUAGUUUGUCCGUGCGGCUGCUCCCCCUCUCCCUUCUGCUCACGCCCGUUUAGUCAACUGGCAUUUCUUCUAACAUCUUCCCAUCCCUCUCCUCGGGUGAAGAAGACUUGGGUUCCACUGUGAUCUCAGUCUGCUUUGCCUAUUGCCUAUCUUCGGUUCCUGUUCUACUCUCAGCAGUAGUGCUUCCCUGGAUUUGCAUUAUUCUCUAUUAGGCAUACCAUCAAAAUUUACCAAGAUGAUUCCAAACGGUUAUUUGAUCUUUGAGGAUGAAAGUUUCCUGGAUUCCACCGUGGCCAAAAUGAACGCUCUGAGAAAGAGUGGUCAGUUCUGCGAUGUCAGACUGCAGGUGUGUGGUCAUGAGCUAAUGGCUCACCGUGCUGUUCUGGCUUGCUGCAGUCCCUACUUGUUUGAGAUCUUUAAUAGUGACAAUGAGCCUCAUGGUGUCUCACAUGUCACUUUUGAGGACUUGGACCCAGAGGCUGUAGAGAUCUUGCUCAACUACGCCUAUACUGCCCAGCUAAAGGCAGACAAGGAACUGGUCAAGGAAGUUUACUCUGCAGCCAAAAGAUUCAAGAUGGAACGAGUUAAACAGAUUUGUGGCGACUACCUGCUGUCUAAAAUGGAUUCCCAGAACGCCAUCUCUUUUCGUAACUUUGCCAGCUCUAUGGGAGAUGCCAGAGUUUUGGCCAAGGUGGACGCCUUUAUCCAGGACCAUCUACUGGAAGUGUCUGAACAAGAGGACUUCCUCAAACUUCCCCGUCUCAAGUUAGAAGUAAUGCUAGAAGACAACCUGACCCUGCCCAGCAAUGGCAAGCUCUACUCGAAAGUGCUCAACUGGGUGCAGCGUAGCCUUUGGGAGAAUGGAGACCAACUGGAACGACUUAUGGAGGAGGUGCAAACGCUGUACUACUCACCUGACCAUAAGCUGGUGGAUGGAGGGCUGGUGAUUGAGGGGCACAGUGAGGUGUUUGGUGGCGAGGAGGACCACCUUCAGUUUGUGCAGAAGAAACCCGUACGGGAGAGCACCCAGAGACAGAUGAGCUGCAGCUCCUCAGGAAGCCUGUCGCCCUCCAACCAAGCAGCAAAUGCCCCCAAACAGACCGCCAGGAGAGAGUGGAAGUACAUCGCCUCUGAGAAGACCACAAACAACACCUACCUGUGUCUGGCUGUGCUGGACAGUGUGUUGUGUGUGAUCUUCUUGCACGGUCGCAGCAGCCCUCAGACCUCCCCCUCUGCCACCCCCUGCCUGAUGAAAAGCCUCAGCUUCGAGGCCCAGCCCGAGGAACUGGAAGAGCAACCGCUCUCACCCAUGCAUUAUGCUCGCUCUGGCCUGGGCACCGCAGGCCUGAGUGGGAGACUCAUCGCAGCAGGAGGCUACAACAGAGAGGAGUGUCUGAGGACUGUGGAGUGUUACGACCCCAAAGAGGACCGCUGGACCUUCAUCGCUCCCAUGCGGACUCCAAGGGCUCGAUUCCAGAUGGCUGUGCUCAUGGGUCAGCUGUAUGUGAUUGGAGGUUCAAAUGGACAUUCUGAUGAGCUGAGCUGCGGGGAGAGGUACGAUCCACAAGCUGAUGAAUGGGCUCAAGUGCCAGAACUGAGGACAAACCGCUGCAAUGCAGGUGUCUGCUCACUGAACAACAAACUCUACGUUGUGGGAGGAUCCGACCCCUGCGGGCAGAAGGGCCUUAAGAACUGUGAUGCUUUUGACCCUGUGACAAAAACCUGGUCUAACUGUGCCAACCUCAACAUCAGGAGGCACCAGGCAGCAGUGUGUGAGUUGGAUGGCUUCAUGUACGUGAUUGGAGGGGCGGAGUCCUGGAACUGCCUGAACACUGUGGAACGCUACAACCCUGAGAACAACACCUGGACCUUGAUAGCCCCCAUGAAUGUGGCUCGCAGGGGGGCCGGCGUUGCUGUCCAUGCAGGCAAACUGUUUGUCGUUGGCGGUUUCGACGGCUCCCAUGCGCUCCGCUGUGUGGAGGUGUACGACCCCGCCCGCAAUGAGUGGAGGAUGCUGGGUAGCAUGACAUCUUCCCGCAGCAAUGCGGGCGUGGCCAUGCUGGGCGAAACCAUCUACGCUGUGGGCGGCUUCGAUGGCAACGAGUUCCUCAACACGAUGGAGGUGUACAACCCUGAGACGGACGAGUGGAACGACUGCACCAAGGCCCUGACUCCCCUCUCCGACUGAAGAGGGGGAAGCCGGGGAGGUGUGAAGGGAGGGAGGGGGGAGAGAGAGAGAGAGAGGGAAGGGGUUGGGGGAGUUUCACAGUGCUUCACCUUUUUCCAAACUAACAGGCUUAGUGACGUAAUCGUGUUUCGUGACGUUGUGUGUAUGUAUGUAUGCAUGUGUGUAUGUGUGUGUGUAUGUGUGUGUGCGCGUGUAUGAGCGGAUAUGUGUGGGUGGGGGGUGGGGGUCGUCGGGAUGAGGGGUCUUCAGUGAAGACUGGCUUAUAUGUGGCGCGGUUGGGAUGGGGGUGGAAGGGUUGUUGCCCAAAGCAACAUGACGCCUUUGCAUAUUGCAUACAAUGUUUUUCGUGCUGUAUAUAUUUUAUUUCUUCCUCAAUUUUUGUCAUAUGCCAACAUCUAAUACACUUAGUGCUUUUCUUUUUCUCUUAGAGUUGAGAAGUUUGUCACUUUCAUUGAGGGUUUUCAGAUGGGCUCGCAAUUAUUUGUCACUUGGAAGGUGGCAGUAUAGAGUGGUGACAAUUGACUUGAAAGUUCAAAUUUAUUUAAGAAUAUUUCUGUUGUGGAAAUGUAAUUUUGCUCACAUAUUUAAAGGUCAGCGGUUUGAAGCCUUACUCAGAGUGCGAGUUAAUAAACACCUGUCAUGGCUUUUUGUGUCAUUUUAAACAAGCUGGAUUGCUUUUUGAAUCUUAAAUGAUGGCCUUUUUUAUAUUUUUUAUACACUGCUGAUUUACCGAUAAAAUAAAAGUAGUAGCAGACAGCUUAAGUCAAUGAAUCUAACCAGUGCCAGUUUUAGUUAAUCUUUUUGUGCACACCACACACGCACAACCAUGCUUCUGCUAACCAAACUUUUGUUAUCGUGAUUUAACUAAUUGAUGUAUGUAGAGAUGCAGUUUACUGAAGAUCCUUUUUUUUCUUUUUUUUUUCUUGUGUGUUUUAAAGUGUCAGGCAUUGGCAGAUUCUUCUGGAAGGAAUGUUAGAGCGAGAAAAUUAUCACAUUUGUAACAUUUCUUAAUUAAUAAAUCAUUUAAAUCGGA